CUUAAACUUAAACUUAACUUAAAAACUUAAACUUUUUUUUUAACCCUGCCUACAGGUAAUGACUUCUAGAGUGUACCUGUAGUCACCACCUAGGUAUCUAGGUACCGAAUGUACUUGUCGGAGGCUAUUUACAGCAACGAGACAGCUCUUGGCAUCCGUCCGUCAUCCGGUCGGUGGCCGACUUCCACUCCCUCGCCAAUAGCCUAUACGAACCAGCUCAAACACGAUACUGCGCAGCACAGACUGACUCUCCGUCUUCAAAGCUGAACCGCCCCUGUCUGAUGCGACGAACUGUGUGGAUCGGCUGAGAGACGUUCAGCCUCCACCCGCGCGGCAUCCUGCACAAUACAAUACAUAAGUCUAUGCUAGCCCUUUUACUUUCCAGCCAGUCCGAUUCGGCAAGUUAGAUCUUUUCGUUUAAAAACGCCUGCGUCGACCCGAACCCCAUCGCCCAUUCCCUCACCAUGUCACCUCGUCCUCUCGGAAAGGGGCUGUUAGGAGGAGACGAGUCUCCAGCUCAAGUUCGUAGCCCUCGUACUUGCGUCAUCAGUAUGCCUUCGACCCGGUCUUUCGUCCUCACCAUACUCCUGGGCUUGUUCGUCGCCGUCGGGCUAGCAAAUGCCGUCUUUCAUCAACGGUCUCCCGAACAGGACCCUGCUGAGGGCGCCGACCGUCUUGUCGGGCAUCAGGAUGACUCGAAUUUCUCUCGUUUGCUGAGCUCGGCUUCACCCCAGGCUCUGCACGAGUUCCUUCACGCCUACCUCCCGGGCACUUACAAACACGGUGUCUACGAUUCCGACCAGUCGGCCUUGGAGGUCAUCCAUGCAAACGAUCCGGAACUAGCAACAUCUAUCGUUCAGUUAGCAAAAAGACAGCAGUCCGCAAAUGAUACGGCCGUCUCCACAACCAGUGCUGCGAGUACGGACUCCGGGACUGUCGUCACCACAACUACUCCAACUGAAACUAGCACAGUCGAUCCCCCUUCUUCUCCCUCUUCCUCUUCCCCUGCCACAUCUCCUGAUGCAACUACGCCACCCCCCCAGACGACGACAACAGACGUAGGAACGACUACUACUUCUACCCCGACCAGCACGUCACAACCCAGCUCGCUUACUCUGCCCACGACCUCUGAAUCAGCCGAUGGGUCUAGUCUUUUUGCAUCGACUUUGACGACUGCGACGCCCUCUAGCAGCGGCUCAACGCGGCCAACUAGGGUGUCCACGUUCACCUCCACGCUGCCUGGGGGGGCCGUAACCACCAUCACUUCGGUUGAAGUCGUUACCCCCGGGCCCGAAGAAGCUACUACAACUUCCGGCUCAUCGGGAAGUUUGCAAUCCGGCUUCGCCGCCCCGCUAGCCAGACGACGCGUGGCAGAAGUUGUUAUCGGUGCAAUUAUUGGAGGAGCAGUUCUUGUUUGACGAUUGCGUUUCAUGUCAAUUUGGAAUUUGGCGUUAAGCAUCAACUGAGUGGGGGCAUUUAUACAACGGCGCCGGCAGUGCAUACACGAAAAUAUGAACGGCAUUUACAUUCCUUUGAAUCUUGGUAGCAAACUUGGAAUAGAGCAAUAUCAGCUAGUGUCCUUGCAAGCUCAUGCGGGUCCCGAUAGAUGUAAUGAAGAUUGCGGAUUUAUAUUUCCACGGAGGGUUGGUUCAUGGUACUGGCUAAGGGAAAUUGGAAGACGAUGCCUAGGGAUCGCACAAGUCCUAGCGAGGAAUUUGAUAGAAGUAAUGAUGAUGGCCUCAACCCUGGGAAAUGGUCCUUAGUAUUGUUUGGCGUCGGCCCGAAGGGUCCCCCCUCGCCGACACUGUAGGUAACUAGAAUACAAGGCGAGGCCCUCCCGGGCGGAAGCUCGCCACGCACCCAAGUAAAAAUAAUUGUAAGAGUCAUGUCCAUUGAUUCCGCUGGUACGAGGCGGCAAGUGAACGACAUGACCAUAAGAGAGGGAUGUCGAGGCAAUGAAGAAUAAAUUAGAUUCCCGUUGGCGGUCUCGGCGGGCACUGCGCUGGACGAUUUCCUCUGAGACGCACAAAACAACCUGCAAGGUAACGACACAUUCUCUUCUGCACAGUCGGUUUU